UAAAAACAUCGAGUAAAAAAUGUCUCGUCGUUCAUAUAAAAAACCGGAGACAAUUAAAUUCAUUGAUCAUGUACGUAAACAUCAUUGUUUGUACAAUCCUAGUAUUAAAAAACAGUAUGGUGCUGAUUACACAGAAAAUGUUUGGAAAAUUAUUGCCAAAGAUUGUGGUCUAGGAAACGCAAUAAAAGCCAAAAGAAAGUGGAUGUAUCUUCGGGCUGGAUAUAAAUCUGGUCUGGUGGAUCCCAAUAAAAAAUCAAAUUAUCACAGCGAACUCAAUUUUUUGUAUUCAUUUGUACAAGAUAUCAAUGACGAUGUCGAUGAAGAGGUACAGCUUAUACUGAAAAAAGAACCUCAAGACCAUGGAUAUGAUAAUUCCUCUGAGGGAUCGUCGGUGUGUUCAUCAAUUUCGAAAGAUCAAUCACAAAGAAAUAGAAAUUUGAAUCAAAAUCAUCCUUCGACCGCUUGCGCUUCAGGACGUCAGUCUGUACUCAGUGAAUACAGUUUUCCUGGGCCGGUUUACACCUCGAAUGGACCUCUACACAUUGAUAAUGAUGAUGAGUUGAAGCCAUUUUUCGAAUCGAUGUAUCGUACUGCUAAAAAAUUACCGCCCGCGCUGCAGAGAGACAUUAAGACGCAAUUUUUUGACAUUAUCAGCAAAGCUGAAGCAAAUGCUGCAAGUGAAUUGACUGAGAGAUAAAUAUUUAAAUAUCUCAUCAACCGAUUCAGCUAAAUUAUUCGUAUUUAUUUUUGGUUUUAAGUAUUACAAUAAAUUGCUACAAAAAUUAUUUUUUUUUUAAUAGAUAAUUUUAUAAGUAUCAGAAACAAAAAUAUAUAUUUUGUUAUUUUUAUACAUAUUAAACAAAUAGUUUAUCAAUUUUAAGUUUUUAUUGGUGAACAUACGGCUCAUAAAAUUGUAAAU